AACAGGAAGCCUGGACACAGGAGAAAGAACUGAGCUGGACUGGAAUGGUGGGUGGCCAUAGAACAAGGACCUGCCUAAGGCUAGGUCCCCCUGCACUCUGACUGCCAUGCUGCAGGAGCCUCCACACUGUUUUGCUGGUGCCCAGGCCUGAAAGGAUUACAGAGCAAACCCAGAUCUCCACAGCUUAGACUCUGCCCUUGCCUCAGGAGAAGUCCCUCUGCUCCUGGGCCUGCUUCCUGGACUAGGCCUGUGUGUUUUCUCUUCGUGUAUGUCACCUCUUCCCAGAGGUGGCUGUGUUUCAUGCAGGGUGUUUGGACUGAAGAAACGUUUCUGAGGACCCAGCAGACAGGCAUAGAUGCAAGUGUGCUCUGGGUUUACAUUAGAGGAGGCCGGGAGCAAAGGCAUUGGGGGCAAGAGGACUUGGAGACCAGAAGACAGUCCUUAGCCAAAGCUCAUUUCCAGCUUCCUGACAGGAAGGGAAGGUGUGGUGCCCACCGUGUCCUGCUCUCUGGUCAUCGUUUCCAGUUACCAAACACAUUGCUGGAGAGAGCAGGUAUUUUCAAGGCACUAGUGUUUAUUUUCUCCUCCCUGUGCGCCUGGUAUUCGGGGUACCUGCUGGCGGAGCUCAUUCCUGACGCGCCCCUGUCCAACACCCUCUACAGUAUCAAAAGCAUUGGAGAGAGACCUGUCCUCAAAGCCCCAACCCCCAAAAGGCAAAAAUGUGACCACUGGGCACCGUGUCCUCCUAACACCUAUGCCUACCGUCUGCUCAGUGGUGGUGGCCGAGACAAGUAUGCCAAGAUCUGCUUUGAGGAUGAGCUGCUGUUAGGAGAGAAGACGGGGAACGUGGGAAGAGGGAUAAACAUCGCUGUCGUCAAUUAUGAGACUGGAAAGGUGAUAUCAACAAAGUACUUUGACAUGUAUGAAGGUGAUAACUCUGGGCCAAUGGCCAAGUUCAUUCAGAGCGCCCCUUCAAAAUCCCUGUUAUUCAUGGUGACCCACGAUGAUGGGAGCUCCAGACUGAAGGCCGAAGCAAAGAAUGCUAUAGAAGCCCUUGGAAGCAAAGAAAUCAAGAACAUGAAGUUCAGGUCAAGCUGGGUGUUUGUUGCAGCAAAGGACUUUGAGCUCCCUCCAGAAAUGGAGAGAGAAAAAAUCAACCACUCGGAUCAAUCCAAGAACAGAUACUCCGGCUGGCCAGCAGAGAUCCAGAUCGAAGGAUGCAUACCCAAAGGGCUGGGAUAGCAGUGCCUGGGCCUCAAUAAAUGUUUUUUGUACAAAUACAUGCAGCUGGAAUGUCUCAGGAGUCUGAUCCCUUGAAGUCCAUAUUUGAGGGGAAAUGUUGAUGUGAAUUUGUUGUAAACCAACAAGACAUUGUUAGUUACACUGAUUCUUAGCCGAUGAUGUUAUUGUAUUGCUGUUUGUACAGUGGAGGUAUUGUCAAGCCAGGAAAGCAAGCAGAAGGGAGUUAUGAUGGGGAAAAACUGAGUGGAGGGUGGAAAGAAGCAAAACCGUUUGCUGGCUACUGAGCAGUGUUGUACUCAUGUCUAAGUCAGGCCACUGUGUGGUCCCUACAGCUCUUCAGAGUUCCUUUAUUCUGCUGUCCCUCCCAACACCCUUGUCCCCAACAUUUAUCUUCUAGGGAAUG